CAGGUGGGUGGUAGUAUACUUGUUUAUAUCAAAAGGCAUUCCCCAACAGCUGUGAUUCAUGAGGUCAGACAGUCAGUGGGGUUAGAGGUCACAGAGGUAGGAUGGGUCACAGCAGCCUUGUUUGGAGGUGUAACAGAAUCUCAGCAUUCAAGAUGGAGGAUCAUCUCUUCUAAGUGUUAGGAUUUUUUCUCUUUUUCAAAAACCAAAAUCUUCCUCUUAGAAAGUAAAAUAAGUAAAGAUGAGGGCACUUUUGACAGUGCUCACCCUGGCCAGUCUUGGGGUCACAACGACCUUGGCCUUGUCUUGUUGUACCUGUGAUGACCUUGAUGUCACUGGAACCUCCGCAGAGCCCCAGAUUUACCCCUGUCCUUUUAUCAUCAAGGUCAACAAAUUUGCCUACAAAACCAAUGAUCCUGAGGAAUUCUUGAUUGUUACACUGGAGUCAAGGGGUGGUGGGCGAUAUAUCAACCAGUUCAUGUUACAAGCGGUCAGUAUCGAUAGCAUGGGGAAAACCACUGUGGCCAACCCUGGGGACAAUGGUGUCCAGGCCUUCACCCAGGUCCCUGUGGAGGGGUACACAGUCAGCACCGCCACCGACUGUGAGGGAAAAGUUGUGAGAAGUGAUACAAAUCUCAAAUUUGACAGUAAAGCCACCAAAAUUCAGUUUUCUUUUGCUCCAAGACGUAUUCAGGGACCUAUCAAAUUUAGAGCCACAUUUGUGGAUGACCAGGGAAAUUUCUGGCUGAGGGAGGAGUCCGAGCCCAUUGUACAGAUAGGAGGACCUUCACUGGACCCAUCCAUUGCCAGACAAAAUGCUCUUCCAGUGAUUGACCCGAUUCACACAGACAAGUGUGGGAUAGAGAAGGGCUGUUACCGGGUGCCUGAGGGGUGCUGGGAGCCGUACUGUGAUUACAUCGCCACCUGGAGGCCGCUCAGCAGAGUGGGGGUGGAGUACAUGAUUGAGAUGAGUGCCCGCGUGGACGGCAUCACAGACAGACAUGUUUCUCUCGCCCUCUCUGAUGAUAUCAGAUGGGGAGAUGACCAUGUAUUUGAGUGUGUACAUGAAGGUGGUACAGGACUAACCAAGGUCUAUCAAGCCAAGAGCAUUGCCCAUAGCACAGAGAGAUUCAGAAAUUCUCAGAAUGGCAUAGAUGAUACCUGUAAUCUGUUUGGUCUUAAAUGUGGCGGUCAGUUCAUGGAGGGGAGGGUGAGGUGCCGUUUUGUGGUCCGAUCCAGUCGCAACAUCAAUUCUCUGCCCCUCUCUGGAUCUUAUCACCUGUUGAUGUACAGUGGCCCAGCCGAAAAUACUCUGACUGCCCCACAUAAGUAUGGCUAUGGUGAAUACCCAGUGGCCUCCCCUGAUAUGGUGUCUCUUGGUGAUAUUUCGAUCAACAUGCAGGGAUAUGCUCGCUAUCCAUUGGUCAAAGCUCACGGAAUCCUGAUGAUCUUGGCUUGGUGUUUCUUUGGAACUGUUGGACUUCUGAUGACUAAGUACUACAAACCUAUGUGGCCAAACAAGAGGUUCUAUGGACACCGAUACUGGUUCAUUGCUCACUUUAACUGCAUGGCUUGGCUGUUUAUCUUCGUGCUGAUCGCCUUCAUCCUGAUUUUUGUAGAAGCUGGAGGAUAUAGCAAGGUUGAUUACUUCCCAUUAGAUGCCCAUCCUGUCAUGGGAAUUAUUAUCUUCUGCUGUGUUAUUAUCAAUCCAAUCAUAGCCUUACUUCGUCCUGCAGAUGAUAAUGAUUGUCGGCCAUGUGUCAAUUGGGUACACUGGGCAUUUGGAACUGUUGCUUGGUGUUUAGCUAUUCCUAACAUGUUCAUUGGAAUGAGUUUUGGGAAAGCUCAUGUACCAUGGUGGGCCACAUGGAUCUUGUUUAUUUACAUCCUGUUCCACAUCAUUGUGGAGAUUACACUGGAAAUCCACCAGUGCUGUACACACAAGAAAAACAAAGGGUCACCUUUGGAAAAUACUGUUGACACAGCUAAUAAUCAGCUGUUUUCCAAAGACAGUAAAAAUAAAACCCUAGGUAGCAUUCAGGAUGAGAAUAUAGCACAGAAUUCAGCACAAAGAAAUGAAGCUUCCAUUAGUCUACAUGAAAAUAGUAUUUUAGGACCUGCUUCCCUUAUGAUGUACCCAACAUGUCAGAGAAACAUUUGUAAGAACUACGCCAAAUGCUCCAUUGAAAAUUCAAUGGUCAAAUGUCAUUGUCCAUUGGGUUUCAUUGGCAAAUCUUGUGACAAAGUUCGGAGAGUAAAGUACCCACAAUUCUCAGGGGUAGACAGCUUCCUGACCCUGCCAAGAUUGACCAAUGGAUACAAAGACUUUGAAAUUUCCAUGAAGUUUAAGCCAUCAUCAGAUUCAGGUCUCCUUCUUUUCACCUCAGAACACCCAACAGGGAAAGGGGACUUUUUCUCUCUUGCUCUUGUCAAUGGACAUGUAGAGUUCAGAUUUGACUGUGGAACUGGACCUGCAGUUAUACAGAGCCCAAACAAGGUCACGAUAGGUCAGUGGAAUCAGGUCAAGGCCAAACGAAUGGAGAAUCAAGGCUGGCUAUGGAUGAACGGCCAUGGACCUAUUUCUGGACUUGCACAAGGAGCUUACACCAGGAUAACACUGAGGACAGAACUAUUCCUCGGAGGACACAGAAGUAUGUCCUCAGUUCAGAAAAGGGUGAAUACAAUGGGUGGAUUUAGAGGCUGUGUCCAGAGUUUAAUUUUCAACCAGCAACAAUAUGACUUCAGAAAGGCAACACAGCACACGGAUAUGGGGUUAGGACCAACACAUGGAAAAACCCACGGUCAAUUAGGACAGAAUGUCAGCAUUGAUGCUGAACUGGGGGAUGCAGUAGAUGGGCAGAAUAUAGAGGAUUGCAGUGAUGGAGUGUGUGAUGAUAUUGUUUGUCACAAUGGAGGGUCGUGUAAGAUCAUCUCACCCGAUCAGUUUGUCUGCCUGUGUCCUUUGGGAUUUUAUGGACCCGACUGUGUUCAAAAUGGAAAAAUUGAAGUACCUGAGUUCAAAGGUCAUUCAGUGCUGCAGUACCAAGGGCUUGGCAGAAACAGCUUGUCAUACACAGAGAUAGAAAUAACAUUCAAACCUACAUCCCCAGAAGGACUGAUCCUGUAUAACGGAUACACAAACAACAAACUCGGUGACUACAUCGCUAUCCUGAUGCGUGAAGGAUUUGCUGAAUUCCAGUUUGAUUUAGGAACUGGACCUGCUGUUAUCAGGAGUUCUUUGCCUGUAAGUCUGAACAGCUGGCAUAGAAUAAAAGUAUCAAGAACAGGCUUACAGGGUGUGUUAGAAGUCGAUGACCAGAUUCCUGUACAGGGUCUGUCAAAAGGUGCCUACACCCAGCUUACGCUGCUACAGCCUCUCUUUGUUGGAGGUCAUCCCGAUUUUGACAUCACUUCCAGGCAUCUUAAUCAAUCCUCAUCCUAUCAAGGAUGUGUUCAGAAGCUGCUUUUGAAUGGCCGCCCGGUGCAUCUCAUGGAGGAAGCUAUACAUGGUUAUAAUGUAGAGCCGUGUCCUCAUCCCUGUAAUAGCGAGCCAUGCCAGAAUUCUGGAAAGUGUGUCCCUGCUAUGGGACAGUACAGAUGUUUGUGUUCUGUGGGGUUUACAGAGGAGAAUUGUCAAAAGAAUCUGAGCAUCUCCACUGCAAAGUUUAGUGGAUCAAGCUUCCUGGUGUAUGACAGUAAAGAUAUCAAGAACAGAGUUUCUGGAAAACAGUUUAACCUCCAAAUAAAGAUUCGAGGAUACUCACUGAGGGGCCUUCUGUUUUGGACCAGUGAAAACCUCCCUCUACAUGAGGGUACAGGGGAUUUUCUCUCACUGGGGUUCAAAGGGAAUGAACUUCUUUUCCAGUAUAAUCUUGGCUCAGGGAGAGGAGUCAUCUUGUACAACAAAACUCAACUAUCUGAUGGGAAAUGGCAUACAAUCAAUGCACAAAGGAAUGGAAGAUACAGUAGCCUAACAAUUGAUGGUACUCAAACAGAGGAGGGAACAUCAGUAGGAAUGUUUAGUAUUCUCAAUGUGAAGGGUCCAGUCUACAUAGGAGGACUUCCAGACGUUUCCCACAACACCAAGAGUAUGUACAAGACUGGGUUCCAAGGGUGUAUAAGAGAUGUGGUUUUAGCAAAUGACUUCCCACUAAAGCUCACUGAAUCGGCUACUAGUGGACAGGGAGUCACUCAGUGUCCUGCAGACUAGAAGAAACAUAUUUGAUAUCAGGGUAUCUUUCUAGAAUGGAUCUUUCUAGAAUGGGUUGAUGGAGUCGCGUUUUGUAAGGUUGGAAGGGUGUGUGUGUUUUACAUUGUGUGUAUUCAUGAAAAAAAACACAAACAAUGAAUUCCAUUGGUGUUUUUUUUACACAUCCUAAGUGAAGUGUGAGAAAGGUUUGCCCAAUUACUUUGCUAUAUAUACUCUAAAAAUUCCAGUUAAAAACAGUACUUUCCAAUAUUGUGUGUGUGGAAUCAUCAAUUUGUAGAGGUUCAAUUUUCCUGGAUAUCUUAAGUACCUUUACCCACAAAGUAACAUUCUUUAAAAAAAAUUAAUGAACAGUCUGAUACACAUAGGAGAUAUUCAAGGAAAUUACAAUUAACAAAAUUGGUAGAGUAUAGACAAUUCAUGAAAAUUCUCCUAUAAAAAUAUAAAUGAUUCCACAGUUUGUAGAACGAUACAUUUAUUGCAUCCUGGGGAGUGAAAUAUGAAGAUUAAAUCUCCAAGAAAAAUCACAUUUCCUGAGGGCUUCAUUGUGCAGUAAAUGUUUUUUAUUCUGAAUAUCUGAAUUUCUAAUAAUUUUAUUACUUUUGGAAAGCAAACCCGUUGUGAUUGUUUGCUUUUCUAUGUUACUGUCUCUCUUCUAUAAAUUCGAAUCAUAAAUAGUAAAAUUGGUUUUUGUGAUAUAAAAAGAAUUAAAAUACCAUAAUUAGAUCAUUUUGACUGAAUCAUAUUUGUCUGCAUUGUAUGCUCAAGAUUGUCUUUUUCAUACCUAUGAAAUGAAAAAUCCAGAGCAGAGAUUUCUUAAGAGGUUGAAUAUGAUAUUUAUUUCCGGAGAGACACGAUGUUUGUUCACCCUGUCACGUUACUUUGUAGAUCAUUCAGAUGUCUCGUUAUAUGAAAGAAUCAUAUUGAGGUUUAAUAACGUCAUUUAGAUAAAACUGAAAAUAAAACCUGGUGUGAAACAUUUAGGGAAUUUUGCACCUCUUAAAAACUGUCUUAGACAAAAAUAAGACAGAUUUGAUCAUUUUAAAGAAAUAUCAAAAUUUAAAAAAUGUAUUUUAAGGAAAAUUCUUUUCCAAGUAGGAGAAAAUAGACAAAAGUGAUUGAAGGUGUGAUAUAGAUAAUUUUCUUUUUCUGUUGCUAUUUUGGAAUGAAAAAUAAGUCUAUUGUUUGUUUAGCAUUGACAGUCCAAUGGAUUUUGAUGUCAUUUAAAGUUGAAGUUAGAUAUAGUUCAUUGGUUGGUCAAAUACUUGUUCUUAACUGUAGACAUCAAGGUCUUGUAUUGUUAUUAAAGUUUACUUUUACGAGAGAAGAUUUAAGUGUGAAUUCAGAAGAUCAAUAUUUCCCAAUAGAAGGCAGUAUAGCCAUACAUGUUUACAAUCUCAAAAUUGUUUUGACCAUUGCAGGUCAUUUAAUGGAAAAAGUUGUGGAACUUUCCACGAACACGCUUUAUAACAUUUCUAGUUACACAAAUCAUAUUUCUUAUUGUAUUCAAGUGAAUUACUCUUCUCUUUAAUGAGACUAAUUUAUAAGAAGUGAAAUUUCAAUAUGUAGAACAGCAGGAUUAUGUUACAUUUAAAUUUAGAACAUGUAUUAUAAGGUACUUUAUACUUUUAGUUGGGUAGUUGAAGCUUAGGGUCCAAAAAGGAAUUUGCUCUGCCUUUUGCAGAGCAUCUAUUUUUUCCUUGGUUCUUUUUUUUCAGCCUAGGUUGAUCUUUAAACAUUGUUGCAAGCCAUGGCCUUUGUGUCCAUUCUAAGAUAUUCAGGGCUUAAAAACUGUAGAUUAAUUGUGACAAUG